GCAGCAUGUUAAGAGAUACAGCUUAGGUUUUUUGACCAAAAUGUCUUCUAGGAAGAGGAGCGAUAUUUGGAUGCAUUUUGUGGCAGAAAAUCAGAGUCAGGCGAGAUGCCAAUAUUGCAGGAAUAAAAUAUCGAUUCAUGGGGGAAGCACGUCCAACAUGAUGAGGCAUCUGAAAACCAAACAUCCCACCGUGAGUUUAUCAGGUCCUCAGGAAUCCGAAACUGAGACAGCAGCAACAGGAACAGACACAGCAACAACAACAGCAGCAGCAACAACAUCUGCAACAUCUGCAACCUCUGCAUCCACAACUGCAACUACUACAGCAACAAUACCAAAGCGGCAAAGGCAAACGUCAUCGGGAGGAUUUGUAAGACGGCCAAUUCAGCCACUCCAGCAGGGCAAAGUGGAUGAAGCCCUGGUGAAAAUGCUUGCAACUGACUUCAAACCAUUUUCUAUAGUUGAGGACAGAGGAUUCAGGGCCUACACACAGGCACUGGACCCAACAUAUGUGCUACCAAGCAGAAGCACACUCUCUACACAAAUGGUUCCCAACCUUUUUGAAAAGGUCAGGGCUGACCUUGGAGAAAGAAUACGUUCUGCUCCAGCUAUAUGCCUCACAACCGAUUGUUGGACUUCUAACACCACAACCAGCUACAUGUCAGUGACCUGCCACUACAUUUACAAUUUCAAACUGGAGGAAAAUUUACUGGACUGCUUUGAAUUACAAUCAAACCACACCUCGGAAAAUCUGGCCCAGGAACUGAAGCGUGUUGCACAGGAGUGGGACAUAUCAGAAAAGGUUGCAGCUUGUGUGACUGAUAAUGCCAGUAACAUAGUGAGGGCUGUUAGCGAAAUCCUGAGAUGGAACCAUGUGAGAUGUUUUGCUCAGCUUUUAAACUUAAUUGUCAGGCAUGCCAUUGAUUUACCGGACAUUCAAAUGAUAAUUCAAAAAGUGAAAACAAUAGCAGAAUAUGUGCGAAGAAGUACAGUGGCAUCUGCCAAAUUAAAAGAGGUCCAACAACAAAUGGGACAGGCCCAGCUCCGGCUUAAACAAGAUGUUGCCACACGUUGGAACUCUACUUACUACAUGUUGCAGCGAUUUCUUGAUGUCAAAGAGCCACUUGUGUCGACCCUGGCACUGGUAAACCCACAGUUACCAGCCUUAAACCUGAAUGAGUGGGAUGUUGUGCAGGAGGCCUGCCAUAUCCUCAAACCCUUUGAGGAGGUCACUGUAGAGAUGAGCUCAGAGAGGUUUGUGACAGGUUCCAAGGCCAUUUUGAUGGCACGUGGGCUCCAACGAAUAGUUGCCAAUCACCAAAGAAACCCCUCUCCCAAUGAGGCCAUCGAAGGAAUGGUGAAUUGUCUGGCAGCUGACCUUACCAAACGGUUCGGGGGAGUGGAGAGGGUGGCUGUCCUGGCAGAGGCUACGCUAUUGGACCCUAGGUUCAAAAAGUAUGCCUUUGUGAAUGAAAGAUACGCAGAGGGUGCUGUUGCUAGAGUGGUGGAAGCAAUGCAACUGGCAGCAUCCUCACCUGCCCGCACAGCCGUGGCCGAGGCGGAGGGAGCCUCACGCAGCCCACAAAGGGAGCCAGUGCCUCAGGUUUGGGCUGACUUUGAGGAGAGGGUGACCAACCUGAGACCAGGGAUUCAGAACCCCAUUACAGAGGCCAUGCUGGAGAUGAGGGGGUUCCUAUCCGAGCAGCUCACCCCCCGCACUGCUGACCCACUGGAUUGGUGGAGGGUUCGCGAAACGGUCUACAAGAACCUGUCCACUGUUAUGAAGACCAGGCUCUGCAUAGUGGCCACGUCAGUGCCAUCAGAGCGCAUAUUUUCAAAAGCUGGCCAAAUAGUAACCGACAGGAGGAGAAGGCUCAGUCCUGCUAAAGUUCGUCAGUUGGUUUUUCUAAAUGCCAACAUAAGCUAGCCAUGAAGCACUUAUAUUGGCACCUAUGUAUAUAGUUAUUUAAGUUUUACUCUUUAUUCAUUCAUUCAUUAUUUAUAAUCUUUGUUCAUAUUUGAAAACAAUAUUUUUUUAAGAGUUC